UAGUUGUCACCACAUAAGGGAAAAAUCAAAACCCCGAGUAGGAGCCACCAAAAAUAGCUUCGCGUCUUCUGAUUUUCCAUUUUCCAUCAACUAGAUAUAAUACCAAAUUCCAAAACCAACUCCAACAGGCCAAGUUUCACCCAGAGCAGGGGAACAUAUUCGAUAUUUUCGUACUGGGUCACAAUUCUACGCACGGGGUCACAAUUCUACUUUUUGACGCGGGUUCCAGCGCGAAAACCAAAGGGCAAAGCGGGGCCGCAAGUAGGUCGUGGCAGUUGCUUCGGUUUGAAAAAUCACAAACAGAAAAACUACAGCGCAAAACAACGCGAAAAAGCGGCAGCACAUGGAGAAGUAAAAUGCUGAAUAAGGCCGCUCGUGCUGAGGGAACAGAAAAGCACUUUUCCGGUGGUAUCUAGGGGGCCAAAAAUUCCUGCAUGCGUGUCCUCCACGCGGGCGGCCCCUGGGUGCGUCGCUGUGGUUGUCAAUCCGCGUGAGGGGUGAAAAGGGAUUGGGCGUAGCAACUCGCGCCAUUGUACCUUGAGCCAAAAUGCCGACGUCGCAAGCUUUGGCACAUUGAUCUUGUAGUCCACAAGUCUCAAUUAAGUUUGUGCAGAUCUGGCGCGACAGGUUUUCGGCAUUCAGGGCAUUGAUGUCAACCUGAAGCGUCGCUUAUUGAGAUUUGUGGAUUAUGAAAUCGAUGUCAAGCGUGUUGCAGUGGGAGGCUUUUGGCUCAAGGUAUUGCGUCGUGACUUGUUAUGCCCAGUCCCAUUUCACCCUUCGCGCGGCAUGGCGGGUGCGAAAUUCGCCUUGUAGCCCUUUAGUUUCCCGUCGGGAGUAGGGCUCUGCAGCAUGGCCUGGUGCGCGAUAUUGAUCCGCGCCCCAUAUCAUGGCGGCACAUUUUAUUCUGGGUGGUACGCUGCAGAUGUUUUCUGUAGUUGAUGUCUUUGGAGGCUCGCCGACUCUGAUCGCCGGAGCCCACCCGGCGACGUGAAGCGCCAUGAUUUGGAUCCGACGAACAAGGGUGGGUUAGGUUGCCUGUUUCCCAAAAAGUUCUAACCCCCGCUAGUGGGUGGGCACUAGCGGGGGUUAGGGUCAGACAAAUGUAACCCACCUUUGUUCAUCCUAGAACAAAUGAACAAGGGUGGGUUACAUUCGUCCGAAGCUAACCCCCGCUAGUGCCCACCCACUAGCGGGGGUUAGACCUUUUUGAAAAAAAGCAGAUGUAACCCACCCUUGUUCGUCCAUGUCAAAGGAAGCAGAAAGUAGGCAGCCUGCUGAAGUCAGCAGCCGGGAUGCCAGCCCCGGCGGAUAUGGUCGGGAACGACCAUGCUUCUGAAGUGCAAAUAUUUUAUGUAGAACUUUAUUCGCCACGGGGUGCUCGUCUCUUAGCAGGUAUCUUUCUCUUUGCUUUUGUUAAGAUGUCGGCCCAGCAGGACUUCUAGCAACAAAGAGAGAGAGGUGGCUGGUUGGGUGGUCGGCUGGUCGAGUGUUGCCCUUCGCUCGCAAUGGAGUAGUGCAAACAAAAGGACAGGGCAGCUGUUGCAGAAGCUGACCCAGAGCCAGCAGUCGACCCCGGCAAUUCAAGGCGCCGCGGGCUCUGCAGCGCUGGGAGGCCCUGUGGCGGAUGAGCAGAGGCACGCCCGAAGAGGUGGAUCGCCCGAAGAGGUGGAUUGCUGCCAUCAAAUGCCACCCAGAGCAGGGGAACAUAUUCGAUAUUUUCGUACUUAUUGCCAGCUGUUGGGGCGCUUUUUGUGUAAAGGCUUUCAUUCGUGAUCGCUUCCUGCCCCUCUUCCUUUCAGGGUGUUGGGGUAUAGCUUGCGGGGCAUUGAUAGGGUCGACCUUCACACCGAAAGGCUUCUCGACAGCGCUUCGGAUGGGGGAUUUCGUACUUGAAGGGGCAUGCAGUAAAGCACGCCAACUCAAGAGGGUCCAGGUCUUGAGGAAUCUCCCUUCGCCAGAUUCAAAAAAAAGUUGGAAAUAAGUUGGAAGCCAACUUUUUUCUGUUUCCCAUACUAAGAAUCCCUGACCCAACUAAUUUUGAACUUGUCUCCAACUUAUUCCCAACUUUUUUUUGAAAUUGCCCAGAUCCGCCAAUUUCUUUUUGAAUUGUCUCGGGGCCGCCAAUUUCUUUUUGAAUUCCAUCAACCCCGCCAAUUUCUUUUUGAAUUCCGUUCAGGUCGCCAAUUUCUUUUUGAAAUUGCAUAGGCCCGCCAAUUUCCUUAUGAAAUUGGGCACUCUGCGUGAUCGCUCUGGUAUUGGUGUGGUCUGUGGCAUGACAUGUUUUAUGUUAGGCACCAAUCAGGCCCGAUCAAUCGAGGGGAGAGGGUGCAUCUGGGCCCUCUCGGCCGCCUCGGAAAUGGAAUUGCGUUGGCCCCAUGCGUCGUGGCUUUGGGCGGACGUGGUGUCUGUCAGUUGGGUUUUAGAGGGACCCUGGCGGUUCAAUCUUGAGCCGCCAUGCCGUGGCCCAGAGCUUGUGGCCGUGCCGAUUCCAAGCCAAGCACCCUCCCAAACUAAUGAGACGCAUUCAAAUGGUGGCGCUGCGUUUUUCAAGCGAAAUGCUCCGCGUAAGCGCACGGCAUAGGGCUUGCGAAUGGUCCACAACCGAGGCGCGUCGUUCAUUUUGUUCGAAUAUUCGGCAUUUUCAUGGGCAGCCAAAAGUCAAAAACGUUGACUUUUUGAAUUCAUUUUGAAAUCAUUUUGAAUAUGAAUUAAUGCUAAGGCGCUUUGCGAUUAAUCCAACAGGCCAAGUUUCACCCAGAGCAGGGGAACAUAUUCGAUAUUUUCGUACUUAUUUUUUCACUAGUUAGGGUCAGGGCUACGAUAUUUUUCCAUAGUGUCGAGUUUUUUACAGUAGAAUCAGCCAAACGUAUUUAUAAAGAGAGGAGCUCCGUCUGCGCUAUUUGCUUUAGAAAAUUUUUGCGGUAUAAACUAUGCUCUCGCUCGAGCAGUGAAAAUAUCAUAGUACGGAUUUGUAGAAUAUUUAGCAAAGGAACAAUAGUACAGCACCAAAAGUGACCACACGGUGUAGCGCACUAGUAGAAAGUUUUGAGUAAUAUUGUUUUGGUUCUAUCGCACCGGAGGUAGAGUGCGUGGUCAACAUUUUGACUACUGCUUUAGAUUUUUUUCCUUGUUUUUCUAUAGGAAGAAAUCUAGAAAGAGAAUCUAAAGAGGCCACCGCCGAUUCAAUUCGAGUUGUGUGGUAAGAUUGGACCAAAGAGACACAAUAUUACGUGCUGAGAAUCUUCAUACUAAACGGAGCAAGAGUAAGCCGAGUUCUUUUCUUCGCUCAGCUCACCGAGCUCCUCCGUUUGAUGAAAUAAAUUUCUAUUAGUGCAAGCAGACACUCCUGCUUCCCUCAAGGCGAUUCUUGUUGCCGCUCUUUAUAUCUUCUUGUUUCACUUUCAUCAAUGAUUUUUUAACUGUUGUCCCGCUACGAAAGACCACUACUGAGGCUCUGCUAUCUGUACCUGCUGUGAUCUGUCAAUUUUGAAGAGCACAUCAACCGUAUUUACACGCGCCUUUGAUUUUGAUCUGUAUCUUAUCUCUGCCAGUUUUACAGCUUUUGCCUGUUUGCCUACAAGAGCGUAGAGACGCCUCGGGCGACCUGUUGUUAGUACAAGAAGUGGCAUAUUAGCUACAGGCUCACUGAAGCGGCACCGCGCUUUCUGUAGGCACGCAAGUCUGAUUUUAUCAAAAGCGGCUCUCUUAUCGUUUCUUCGACAUAAUUUUUUCUGUUAUUCUUUCUGUGUACCUGUACCAAGCUGCUCACUGUCUUGACAAAGCACAACAACCUCAAGGUCUGAUAACAAGAUAUUGCUAGCCAGAAACCUCUAAAAAAGCGCGCUUCUAUCGUUAGAGCCAGCUCCUUUUCGGACACCCGCCCAGCGACUUUACUCCCUUGACAACCACAACUACAGAGUGGCUGUUAAAAAUACUCAUACCAAAAAUUAUCCUAGACUGUUAAAAAGAAAGUCGCGUAGACACUCCUACGCUUUUACUUAGUUUAGAAAAAGAACCUUAUUUACUUCGGAGAAAGUCGUCUAGUUACUGUCCCUCUUCUACUAGUUGUAUCGCGGAAUAAAACGAGGUGCUUUCUGACGGUGCUGUCUGACGGUGCUGUCUGACACAGGAAUCUUUGUGUUUCGCCUUUGGUGAAGAAAGAAUUUCUCUCACGGAGGGGGAGACCGAACAUUCUUGCGUAGUACAGCUGGAGGAAGUAGAAUUUCUUCACGCCUGCACAAUAAACGCAAACAAGAAAUUAGACCCUAGUACGAAAGAACAAAGAGGAUUCAGUAGUGCGAGCAAGGUUUCUAGCAUAUUUCAACAUUAUAUCAGACAGCGAUAAGGUUUAUGCAAGACAAAAUAGCUGCUUUUGGAAGAUUAUACUUUUGUCAAAGAAAAAAUACCUAAAAACCAAAAAAAAAAAAAUCGAGACGAUCAUUUGCAUCUGUUACCGCGAUUUCUUUUUUACGAUUAAUCUCUACAACCGUAUCUAUCCUUGCUUUAGAAAAAGGCAAAUAGAGCGACCACCUCGAAUCUACAUUGUGAUAAAAAAAGUUUUACGAAAGAUUGUAAAUUGUUCUGUGAAAAAUAAUUUGUAGUUGUGGAAAGAAUUUUAUGUUGGAGAAUAGUUUAGUGCUGUUCAACGGUAAAAUUCUAUCGGAGUAUUGCGAGUAGUUGUGUAUUCUUUUGCGAGUUGUUUCAUGAAGAUUAUUUACUGCACGAUUUCAUCUGCUCUAUUAUUUCACGGCACUUUUUGUAAAAUACAAUCUCUGUUUCUUGUAACGUAAGUCGAUUUGGAAAAAGAUGUGGACGACCGCCGGGAGCCACUCCGGCGGGGUAACUCCCGCAUCGACGGUUACGCAGGAGCCCGCCGCGGAAAUGGUGAAUACUUUUCAGACCAACACCGUGUCGCAAAUGAAUCCUGUUUGGGGCCGCUACAACGGGUCGGGAGGAGGCAACGCUGGCAAUAGUGCUGGCCCUGGCGGAAAGGAGAGCUAUGCUGACCAGCGAGGGGGCGGCGUGGGGGCGAUGGGGGGACAAGGGUACUAGUCAUCUUUCAAAUUCUGGCGUAUUAAAUCUCGAGCAGGUUUAUUUCAUGGUAUAGCUUUUGAAUUGUUUCACAAAAGAAUGCAUAAAAACACAACCAAAAUGUUCAAAUAACUACAUAAACAGAACCGCCUCCCAGUACAAUUCGGGUUCCAAUGUAGCGGGCAACACGCACAGCAUGACCGGCAUGAACAACGGUUCGCACAACCAGAAUUCUGGUUUUGAUAUGAGCAGCAUGAACAUGGGCAACAGCAGCUCUGGUGCGAUGGGCGGUGCCGGCAACAUGGGACACAGCAUGCAGUCGUCCGGCCACCUAAACCAGCAAAGCAUGGCGCACACCUGGUCCAGCAACAGUGCCCAUAGUUCGGCGCACCACAUGGGAGACCAACAGUCGACGUCCAAUAUGGUUUCAAACCAGUACAACAGCAGUAUGCAUCAGGGAGCUGCGAACAGCGGCAUGCACGGUGGUGGGAAUAAUAGCGGCCAACAUCAUGGCAACAUGAUGCAGAGCCAGUUUGGAUCAAAUACCUCCGGUCAACAUAACGGCAUGAUGAACAGUCAAUAUCAGCAGAGCAUGAUGGGUAUGGAUUGCAAAAAUGUCUGGGUAGAGAAAAAUGCAACUUGUGAUGCUGCAUUCGGAUUCCAAAAAAAUCUGUAUUGCAUGAUCAGCAAAGGGAAUGCGAUUCUUGCUACCCGGAGAGGGCAUUUGUCAUGCGGAAUAGGCAUCAAGAUGCCCUCAAAACAUCUGUGAUGCUAGGGCAGGCAUCACAGACAUCAUGGCGCAUGCAAAACGUGCAUCAUAAGUCUCAGAAUCUUCCAGACCCAGACAUUUUUACACUUGAUAAUGGGUGGCGGAGUUGGGAAUUUUCAGCAGCAGCAGAACAUGUCUAAUUCCUACGCAGCCGCAAAUUCUAUGCACCAGAGCAACUCCUUUCACAACCAUAGCGGUGGUAACACGAGCAGCUAUGUUGGGGGGAACAAUAAUACUAUGUCGUCACAUAUCAUGGGCGGAACGUCCGGCAACAUGCAAAACCAGAUGAACAUGCAGAACCAUAUGGGCGGUGGCGGCGGCAUUAACCAAAAUGCUGCUGCAAUGGGAAAUAGCAACUACCAGAGUUCUCAUCAGUUCGGAACUACGACCUCCGGCCAGCACCAAAACCAAUUUUCUAGUACCAUGAACGCGCAGAGCACUCAGUUCCAGCCGUCAGGGACGUCGAAUUUCGGUGGAACAAACACCGCCCAAUUUUCAUCUUCCCAAAUGAACUCCGGAUCCAAUGCGAACUUGCAGCAAAACAUUGGCGGGUACGGUAGUGGCACGACUGGUGGAGGCAGCAUGAUGGGCACUAGUUCUACUGGAGGCGUCCAGCAGCAGCAGAUGCAAUACGGCUCUGGAGUUGCUGGUGGUCAACAGCAGCAAGGUUUGAAUAGUAUGUCCAAUCUGAACCUCCAGUCUACUGGUGCGGUAACGUCGAUGCAGCAAAUGCAGAGUGGGACAGCAACAGCAGCGACGGGACAGCAGCAACAGCUUGGGGGAACGGGAAAUGCCGCAUCCUUCGGUACUUCGUUCAAUGCAGCUCAAGCACAACAAACGUCUGCCACUGGUCCUCUCAAUGCCACUGCAACUGAGCAAACUGCUACGUCGAACAGCACUUCUUACAACAUGCAGCUACAGCAACAGCAGAGCCAACAACUGCCGCAGUCUGGGUCUCAAACGAACCUGAGUAGUACCGCAACAGGUGCUGGUGCUCCCAUGGUCGGGACUCUUCGGGCGGAUAACAUCCAAAGUUUUACCAUCACUUCUUCUAUCAAAUGUAAAAAUGUCUGGGUCUGGAAGAUUGCUAGGUUUUGUCAUGCACAUUUUGCAUGACUCCUGAUGUCUGUGAUGCAUGCCCUAGCAUCACAGAUUUUGUGAGGGCUUCCUGAUGCCUAUACCGCAUGACAAAUGCUCUUUCCGUGUAGCACAACUUGGACUCUCUUUGCUGCUCAUGCAAUACAGAUUUUUUUAGAAUCCAAAAUCAGCAUGACAAGUUGCAUUCUUCCAGACCCAGACAUUUUUAGAUUUCAUAUCUUCAAAUUCCACGCAAAAUAACGGAGGUGGCCAGCAGGGGGACGACAAGGGCGACGGGACAUCAUCAGCCAACAACUCAGGCACAGCUGCCAAUACCGCCCAGAACAAAGAGCUGCUUCAGGAUCCGUCCAAAUUACAAGACAAAAUCCAGUCCAUCUUUGCGGAGCGCACGAAGUCAAUAAAAGCCUCCGCCCAGACCGUGGCGAUCGCCGCCGCCGCAACGCAAGCUGCAAACGCAGCGGCUGCAGUCAAUACUAUCAACAUUGCCAGCGGUGGUGCUGUGACUGCAGGUGUAGUAGAGUCGGUCUCAGUGAACAAGAUGAAGGACGCUAGUUCUAUUGCCCCCGGCGCAGCUGUGAUGUCCUCCGUAGUUUCAUCUGCUCAAGCAGCGCCUGCUGCUACUGACCUGCCUUCUUCGGAAAAGGAAAGUAUUAGCAGUGAAGAAGGUCCUACGGUAGAGCAAAAGCCAGGUAAUAAUGCAGUGACCGAAAAACAACUGCAGUCCGGUAUGACGGAAGAUGCGAGCUCGUCCACAACGAAGACGGACGUUGGCGGCGCCACUUCGUCAUCCAGUAGCGAAGACGGCGAUCCGGAGCGGUGCAAACAGCAACUGUCCAAAGCGACCACGGCGACGACCCGGGCUUCUACCGGGUUCAUAAACGGGCGAGUGAGCUCGUGCGAAAACAGCUACGAGGAAGACGAAAUCGUCUGUCGGAAGUUUCCCAGCUUGGAAAGCACGACGCUGGGCUUAACAAGUUCGGACGAUUCGCUAGCGCUGCUGAAUUCGAGCACAGGAGUCGUGGGCAACAGCCAGUCACCAAUCGUAUAGAGAGUUUAUUUGUUUUAAUGCAUUGAUGGCGAUCAUUCUGGAUUCAUUUGUGAUGCGAGAUGGUUAGGAGGGCAAGAUCUGUAUUGCAUAACGAGCAUUUUUGACUAGUGGUAGUGUCUUGUCUGUCGUCAUUUCGACGAGUCGAUGUUUGUCAUGCUAAAUAUCGGAAUGAAAACAAUCGAAAACAGGACGACAGCCGUGCCACGACAGUUACUGGUAAGGAGCAAAGAACGCAGCAGAAUUCCCCAGCCGUCUCGGAUCCGCCCGCGUCGACGACUACUACCGUAUCAAAUGUAAAAGUGUCUGGGUCUGGAAGAAUGCAACUUGUCAUGCUAUUCUUGGACGGUAAAAAAAAUUGUAUUGCAUGACAAGCAACAGGGGUGCAGUAGCAGUUUGUGCUACCCGGAUAGAGCAUUUCUCAUGCGGAAGGUGCAUCAGGAAGCCCUCUAAAUGUCUGCGAUGCAAGGUCAUGCAUCACAAGCAUCAUGGAUCAUGAGAAACAUGCAUGACAAGUCCGGCUACUCCGGAUCGCAAUCGAUGGAGGGCGGGACCUGCACCGGCGACAGGCGCUACCCAACCAACCAACCAAAUCUUGUAUUCUUCCAGACCCAGACAUUUUUGCAUUUGAUAUACCGUAGCGGUCGAUAACCUGGUUUUGACCACUACCGGUGGAGCGUCUUCAGCGGACAACGCUUCUUCCGGCACCUCUGGCGACAACACAACGACUACCGCGACAACGGAUUAUGACAGUGAACAACUCCUCUUCCCCCUCAUUUGUCAUGCAAAAUACCGAAUCCACCUCUUGCCUCUUGGCACUGUUUGCAUGACAAGUUCUGGUAGCCCAAAUAGCAUUACACUCCACUGCAAAUUUGUCAUGCAAAUCCGGCAUUCUUGCUGAUGCUUGUAUUGCCGUUCAUGCUAUGCAAAUGGGGGGGAGGCGGAGUUGUGCACUGUCAUACGGAUAUUGUCGAGAACAAAACCUCGACUUGUCCUCCGACAGCGGAUGUAAUUGGCGAGCAACAAAACAAUUCGGCCGCUGUUGUCACUGCAGCUGCUGCUACUGCAACUUCGGCGGAGGUAGUCUCAGCAUCUGGAGUCGCGGUUUCCAAAACUGCUGUGGAACGAGCUGCAGGUGUUGCAUCUGCAACUGCAACUGCCAAAGAAGGAGGUCUCACCACCCCCCUCGCCAACGCCUCUUCUCCCAACGCCGCUUCUUCCGCGACGGAGAGCGAUCUGUCCCGGAAUGUGAGCAGCACCUUAGACAAGCCGCCGCGAGGAACCCUGGAGGCGUCGAAUAAGAAAAAGAUCGACGGGCUCACGCCGGCGGAAUUGCAGCAAAUGCUGAACGAGAAGCUCCAAGCGAACAAGAACAAGAAGGAGUCUCGGGAACUACUCGGAGGGCUGCAUUUCGCUAACCCGAUUGGUCAUCUUGCCGGCACGCAUCAAUCCGCGAGCUCUACUUUGAUAUCCGGCGUGGCUGGUGGUAAUAGUAGUGUUGUCGGCGGAGUUGUAAACCACCAGCAACAAGUAGGACCAACUGGUACCACAAUUGCAGGAACAACGACAGAACAACAGCAAAACAGCACGACCACUAAUGCGAACGCCAAUUCUUUUGAGGUUCGGAAUCACAAGGGGGAUGUGAUCAAGAUGAACUUCGGGCCCGAUGAGACCGCGGUAUCCAAGAAAAAAACUGUGUAAGUGUAUCUUUGUGUUGCAGAAAAUGCAAAACUGGUACACUCGUCAUGCUGGACAUGCAUCAGAGGCUAUUUUCGUGCGUGUUUUCAAGUACUAGCUACGCAUGACAGGUUUUCUGCGUCAUGCAGAGCAAACUUGUGAUGCUAUUCUUCGAAGAGACUUACAUUUACACAGUUUUUUUCUUGCAUACGCGGCGCAAAAGGACGAGAAGAUCAAGAAGCUGCGUGAGGGCCAGAACGUGUUGACGCACAGUACCAGCGCGAACAGUUACAACUUUUCCGCGAACAAUUCAGCUGUCGGAGGAGCGAAUCAGAACACCAGCUUGAAUCACACCGCGUCUUACACAUCCGGUAUGAUGCAGCAAGGAAGCCAGCAGGGGACUAACGCGAACAUGUUCGGCGGAGGUGCUCUCAGUGGGACAAACCAGUUUGGAGCCAUGGCAAAUAAUUCCAACAUGGGGAUGAAUAACACGGGUUCUGGCAUGAUGAACAACAGUAUGGGCGGCAUGGGCAACAUGUAUAGCAACAUGCAGAAUCAGCAACAGAACAACAUGGGCAACAUGGGCUUCAACAGUCAGAGCAACAUGUACGGACAACAGCAGACGUCGCACCAGCAGAUGGGGAGCAAUAUGGGUGGUCAUAUGCAAUUUGGCAAUAGCAAUGACCAACAGUCGAUGAGUGGCAACAACAUGCUGGGCCAUCAACAAGGUGGCAACAUGGCGAACAACAUGAACAGCAUGCAGCAAAACAUGAACACGGGCCAGAUGAACCUGAACAUGAAUCAACAGAACACGUCUACCCAAGGUGGUUUGCAAUACAAUCAGCAAAUGAUGCAGCACACAAACUCAACCGCCUCCUUUGCAUCCGGUCAGCAACAGCUGAACCCGAGCGCACAGGAGUGGAAGCCGGUAAACAUGAGCGCCGGAGGCAGUAAUCUGAUGGGAACUACGACGGGGAAUCAACACCAAAAUCAGUUCCAACAGCCGCAGCAGCAGCAGGGAACAAAUACUAUGAACAGCUCUACUUUUCAGCAACAGACCACUAUGCAGCAGAACCCGACGCAAAUGCAGCUCCAGCAGCAGCAAAUAGUUCAGCAGCAAAUGCUGAAUGCGCAAAGCAACUUGGCGAGUGGUCUGAGUACAAAUGUUGGGCAGCAGCAGAUGGGUUCAACAUCUCAAGGUCAACAGCAGCAGCAGCCCCAGAUGCAGCAGCAGAGUCUCACCAUGAACACCCAACAACAGAUGCAGCAAACGAUGAAUCAGAACUUCAAUCAGCAGCAACUGCAGAGUGCUGUUGGGCCGUCGACGCAACAGGGUGUGGUUCCCGGGCUAAACAUGAGCAACACGACGUCCAGCAUUGGAGUUGGGCAGCAGCAGAUGCAAAACAAUACCCCGGCAGGCCAGGCCUCGACGGUCGUGGGUACUGUAGGAACUGCAAAUCAGCAGGGCAGUACUGUCGUUGGCUCCGGAGGUACUAACGCGGCUACCGGUAGUGUCGCGGCACAGCAAAGUCAAUUGAGUUUGAAUCUUGGUUCCAACACCAACACUUCCACACCGGCGCCGCGCGUCAUGACGGGCACCACGAGCCCGGUGUAUGCUCAGUUUAACCCGCAGAGCCAGCAGCCGCCGGCAUUGCAGCAGCAAAACAAGCAGAAUACUAACUUGAUGAACAACCAGGGGCAGCUACAAGCUGCUGGGGUACAAAACAUGAACAACGCACAGCAGCAGCAGCAGGGGCUCAUGAAUGCUAAUGGUCAGAGCUUCCAGCCGCAGCAAAACAACAUGAUGAUGGGCAAUGCCGUGAUGAACACGCAAAACCAGCAGGGUGGAGUACACAACAACAAUUUGAUGCAGGGGAAUAUGCAGCUGCAGAACCAGUUACAACAGCAACUGUUGCAGCAGCAAGGUAAUUUGGGUAACGCGAUGAAUAUUAACCAAGCGCAGCAGCAGCAGCAGCUUACCAAUUUCAAUCAGCAGAACAAUAACCCGAAUAAUACCUUUGGCCAGCAGCAAAUGGUCGGUCAGCAGCAGACCUUGAGCCAACAAAACUUGAAUCAAAUGGACCGGUCGCAGACCAAUCUGUCGACCACUUCUGUAGUUGCGGGAGCAACUGGAACUGGCGUAAAUAUUAAUCAGCAGCGCCCGAUGUUUAAUAACGCAGGAGUUCAACAGGUGGGUGUGCCGCAACAGCAGACCAACUUUAACCUACAACUGCAGCAAGCGUUGACUGCGCAGAGCUUGAACCAGCAGCAGCAAAACCAAAAUCAAAACGGCAUUGCAGCUCAACCGCAAAUAAGUCUGAGCCAGCAGAUUUCAGCCACUGGCACCACGACUGCGCAGCAGCAACAGCAAACCACCACUGGAGCUGCGGCGUCUGGUGCCAACAACAUGUUGCCGCAUGCGCAGUCACUGGCAGCCACUACGCAACAAGGAGGAUCAGCAGUAGCACAAGGAACACAACAGCCGAGCCAAACUGGAGUAGCGGCAAACAACUCGCUCCAGCCUCCGCUAGCCGCCAAUAAUGCAGGGGGUGGUGGCGUAGCUGCGCAGCCUGCGACGAGUACAAGCACCACAACAUCUUUACCGCCACCUCCGCUGCCCCAGGUCCCGGGACAACAGCAGCAGCCACAAACCUCCCAAGGCCUUCCGCCCCCCGUCAGCAAGGUCAGCGCCCCCGCACCGCCUCUGCCGGCCGUGGGAGCGGCUGCCGCUGGUGGAGCAGGCGCAGCCACCGUCGUGCCUACAAGCGCGACCUCAGCGACAGUUCCAGGAGCGCAAGGGCAGCAGCAGACUUCAGGCGUGCCGCCCCCUCUGCCUCCAGUAAGCAGCAGCACGCCGGCAUCAAUCAACGGCGCAGGUCAACAACAGCUACAGCAAGCAACCGCUACCUCGAGCACGACAACUGCACGAACCACGCCGGCAUUGCCGCCCACAGCGGGAUUGCAGCCAGGCGGCAUUGCAGCUGCGCCGGCAGGAGCGGGUGCAGCUCAACCAGGACAACCUGCAGUCACAGCAAGCACAACGGCAAACAAUAAGACGGUCGCGCAGACGCCACCUGCUAUUCCGGCGACGCUGCCGGCUGCGCUUGAUAGCGGCGCCGCACAGAACAACACUUUGCCGCGAACCUCUACCGGAGGUGGAGCUGCCGGGACUGUAAGCAGCAACCCGCCAUCUCUGCCACAGACCAUGUCCGCGCAAAGCGCAGGAGCCUCUGUGCAGCAGACGAUUAAUUUGCAGCAGGGAACGGUGGUCAUGAAUGCGACUGGUCAUGGUCAACAGCAUCAACCCUUGACCUCGACCACGCCACAGCAAAAUAGCAACGCUCAGCAGCAGGGGACGAUUGCUCUGGCGGGCGGGAAGGCCAUUCCGAUCAACAUGUCGACUCCGAACAUCCACGUCCCGAAAGACAUGAUGGAGUACAACCAAGUUUUACCUUCCUCCGUUGCCUCCGGGCCGCAAUCCAAAGCGCCCCCACUGCCGCCGCUGCCCGGGCUAACCGCGACGAGUAGUCAGAACAGCAGCAGCACGGCUAACUUGCUGCAGCACCAAGCGUCUGUCAUGUCUACAACCUCCUCCUGCAUGGUGCCGUUAGUACCCUCGAGUGCGACGUCCGCCGCGGGAAAUAGCUGUCCGGUGCUGGACCUAGAUGACAUGUCGCCCCCGCCCGGGAUCGCGGUCUCACCGCGAGGAGCCUUCGAUCCGAAAAUCGCCGUGGGGAACAAGAAGGGAGGAGGCUUGGGGACACAGUACUUAUUUAUUUGGAUCGUUGUUCGUGGUUCAUCUUUUGGUUCACUGAGAAGAUGUAAGUAGGGUAUAGGAUUUUGGUGUAAUGCUGCUUCGUCGAUGAUGUUGCUCGCUAGCUUCUACGCCUGGCCCUGAGUAUAAAUACGUAAAAACAAGAAGCAAAAACUGUUCCCAUUCACAAUCCAACCUAUCAGGUCCACUUGCGGUAGCCUUCCGGCGCCCGAGGAUUUAGAUCCUUUGUCCAAUGUCACUGAAUGCAAGUACAGCCGCAGUUUUUUCCUCAUGCUGCGGUUUGCCAAUCGCGAGUCAUCCAAGAUCUUCGGGACGCAGGAAUGCGAAGCGCGCCAGGGGUGGAGGAAGCAGGCUUUGGUUUCUUCGGAAUCCUCGUGGGCCGUGCAGCAGAAGAAACGUAUACAGAAAUGCACUAAAUUUGUUGGUUUAUUGAGUUCUCGUGGCAGCUCUAGAAGUCGAGCUUAGGCUUGCGAAAAAAUAAAAUGCAUUGGUACAACCUAACUUGUGACCCACAUCAAAAACAGAACUCUCCGCGUCCGCUGAUGCAGAAAUCGUCCGGAAGUUCAAGUCCAUCUUGAACAAGAUCUCUGAGGGUACGUUUGAGAAAAUGUUGGAAGAAAUUCUGAACGUCGGCAUCUCCCACCCGGACCACGUAAACGCGCUGAUGUGCGUAUCCUGAGUAAAAACGUACCCACACCAGAGUCAGGAUGGGGAUUUUGCAACACAAACCACGGAGUUUUCGGAGUCACGCAUGACAAGUUUCAGUCCGUAAGGUAGUGCAAGUUAGCAAGGAAAGCCGCAUCACAAAUCGACCUUCUGAUCCUGUCUACAGCAUUACAAGUUCCCAAACACGAUUGAAAAUGCCUGUCAUGGGGUUGCGCAUCACAAAUGUUCCUGUCAUGGCAAAUCUGCAUCACAACUCUGGGGUGGGGACGUUUUUACACAGGAUAGUGCGAGAUUUUCGAGAAAGUCACCACCCAGCUAUCAACUGCAAAAAAUGUCCGGGCCUCGAAACUUGUAAUGCUUCGUUGGGAAUAGUGAAUGCUCUGUAAUGCUGCACAGGCAAGCAUGACGAGAAAUAUCUGCGCUUCUUUGUGUUGCGUUUUUCGCAUGACAAACUGCGUUUUCGCAUGACAGGUGGCAAAAGGGUGUCUUCUUGGGCACGCAUCGCAAACUUUUUAGUCAUACCAGACAAGCAUGACAAAUCUCACAAUCUUCCAGACGCAGACAUUUUUGGAUUUGAUACCAGCACCACUUUGACGACCUCUACACGAAACUGUGCAACCGGUUGAGCCAGCACUUCACGGAGAACCAGUCGAAAUACAAGGCUUACGGUACAGGAGAAAUGCAAUUCCAAUUUGUGAUGCGGAUUUUUUUACGUAUAAGAAGAAGAUUUGGUAUGCGCAACUGUGAUUAGUACGAGUGGGAGUGCGAUACUAAUCUUGUACUGGAUCGGUCUCGUUAUGUCAUUCAAUGUCACCGUUGCCAUCUGCGCUUGCGUUUUUUUUUCAUGCGAAAAAAUUUCAAAACCACACAGGUAUCGAAGGAGACAACAGCUUUCGGCAUUGUUUGCUUUCUCGGACUCAAGAGUUCUUCGAGGCGAAUUUGCAGCCACCGAAGGGAGUGUUGGAUGCGAACGUAAGGGACGACGAGGCUAUCGAGCGAGAGCACAAGUACUGCUUAUUUCAGAUCUAGUAGAUCAGGUUACAGGGAAUUGAAGAGGUUGUCAUGCUAAAACUGUAGCCAAUAUUCAAUUAGGUUUGCCAUGCUGGUUUCCGAGUAUUAUUCAAGAUGAUGAACAUCAAGAACACUUCUAUCACUCUCAGGUACAAGAAGAAGCUGAUGGGCAACGUGCGGUUUAUCGGUAAACUCCUAAACUGCAAACUCCUCGCUUCCCGCCUGCUUCCCUCGAUCGCCCAAAUGCUCCAAGAGGAAGACACGCCGAUCUGCCUGGAGUGCCUCAUAACCUUGAUCGACAUCGUUGGGCCGCACUUUGAUUGCCAUGACCGGGGUCAGAAAGCAUGGAUGGACGAUUUGUUCCAGAACUUUUUCAAGGGAAAAAUCGAUGUCAACAGCUCGGUAUAUUUAAUUGAUAACAACACUCUUCUUGUGAUUUAUUUGGUUGCAAACUUUAAUUUGGAAUUUGUUAUGCGUUGUAGGCAGGUGCGGAGAAUUAUGUAUCCUAAUGAAAACAUGCAUGACAAACACACUCACAUGACUAAGAAUACCUAUCAGGUUCCAAAACGCGUCCGCUGUUUGCUGAUGGACCUGGUUGACAAGCGCCGCGGAAAGUGGAAAGCCAGCAAAUAA